GCACGUAAUUUAUAGUCACAAACGCCGCGGGUCGGGAGAAGCGACGGAAAAUUACCGUCUCACUGACAACGCGUGCACCCGCAGUUUAGAAUUUUUAACUGUGAGUAUUAUACCUUUCUUCACUCCGGGGGCGCGAGGUGAAAAAUCCGUUACGGCCGUGGGCUCCACGUGUCUCCAGGCUGGCUGCCGCUGGCUAUUUCGUAUCACGCCGCGAGGACAGUAGGCGACGCCUUCCAGAAACAAACAGUCGAACACCCCACCAAGCGAGCGAGAGCGAGAGAGAUGGCGGAGGACGCUGUUCCGGGGGCGUGUGGUGGAGGCGCGCGGCGAGCCGCUUCAGGGAGCGCGCGAGAUCCUACACGGCGUGCAGCCGCACCUGACGUCGCUGCCGUCGAGACGAUCGACGGCGACGCGGAGGCCAUGCGCGACAGGGUCCAGCGCGUGGUGACUGCGCUCGGGGAGGUGUCAGGAGAUCUCGCCUGCGCGAUGUCCUCCACGAAGGCGGCCGAGCUCCUCGCGCUCCGCGGCGGCAGCUUCCACCCGUCGAUGCGUCUACUCGGGAACAGCCAACUCGGCGAGCGACACCUCGCGGAGCGGAACGCUGGGAACAAGCUCCCUGACGCCGGGAAGUACGCCCAGGAUGCGUACACCUCCGUUUGCUGGUGUCGCAGCCAUCUGCAUACGGUCCUCCUCCUGCUGGAGCAUAAGGGUGUCCCUGACGUGAACGUCUUCAUCGACGAGGAGCGCAUCGUCGCCGUUGGUGACCUCGCGGACGCGAUAGCGAGGGUGGAGUUGAGCGCCGGGAAGGCCGCCAGCGCACGGCAGGAUGUGCCCGGCGGCGGAGGCCAUUGAUUCCGUCGAGACUUCGUCUGCUUGAUCCCUCGUUGGUCCGUCGCUUGCUCGCGUUUGCCAUUUGACUUGUUACUGCUUUGCUACCUGUUCGUAUCGUCCGAUCGAUGAAUUUCUGAAUCAUUGGUUGAGCAUGUACUUGAGCUAGGUUUUCCUUGGAUAUAUGCAUGCCUUUUUAAUCCGAUGUUGCAAGAUUUUCUGCUUGGAUUUCUAGCUUGUUAAUUGUUCGAUUGAUCAAGAUGCACCAAUAAAUUUGCAACACGGCAUAUUGGGGGCUUAUUUUUUCUGUCAUGUUUGGGGAUUCAGAUUUAAGAAAUAAGAAUAGCUGUUGGGAGGUUAAUAUGGGCACUCAAGUAAUAAGGGAUAUUAAUCUAUUCACGAAUUAGAGCACUAGAACUUGAUCUCGUUGAGUUUGUGGGUGUCGUACAUAAAGGAUCAAUGAAUAACUGAAAAUAGGAAACUGCAUGUCUUGAUUUCAUUGUGUAUAUAUGUUUAGUUAAUUUCGAAAAUAAAACUGAGCAUCUGCAUACAUCCUGUUGAACUAAGCGUCAGUGUUUCAGGAGUUUGUUUACACUGAUGUUUCUGACAGUGCUGUUAUAUAUUCGGUUCAUCUGCAUGUAGUUUUUCGUUUUUUUGAAUGAAAAUUCUUCCUGCAUUAUGUAUGAUUGGUUUUGCAUCUUGGUAUUAGCAAGACGGUUAUGAGUUAUGACCAUUCUAAGUACUAGUGCAUAUUCAGAGCUCCUUUGAACUUUAUUUAACUCAAUAUGGAGCUAUCAAGUUCUCUUUUAUCUCCAUGUUUUAUGGUCGCUGCUACUCCUUCCAAAUUUUAAUAGUUAGGACUGUUUUUACAUGUUUCUUAGAAAAAAUCAAUGACAUCAUUAUUAAAAAUCAGGUGGAGUAAUACAUUGUAUUCCUUGCUCCUUUUUUUUUUCUUACUCUCACACGUAUAACAGAUCACCUGUGUAUCUGUCUGUACACAAGCAGGCCAUGCGUGUAAUUUUUUGGGCACUUUCUGCUAAUCUGCUCAAGGUUUGCAAUCACCGCAUGUGCAUGUCAAUAAGAGCUUUUGUUGCUUUGGACUGUAUGUGUAUUCUUUGAAUUUUUUGUAAUCCAGUAGUUUUUCUUGGAUAGAUGAAUGAGUUCUAUAAUCAUGCGAGACUUUCUACAUGAAUUAUUGGCUUGUUAAAUUAUCAAGAUGCCCCUGCUGGUUGAUGCAACGUGGAUAUUUGGGAUAGAGCAU